AGCUAUCGAGGUGUGCAGGCGAAUGGCAAGAUGUCGUCACAGCUUGUGAAUGGAUAAAUAUCAAAUUUUAAAUUGAAAACAAAAAAGGAUUGCUGCCUUUUCAUGUUCUCCAGCCAUCGCAAUUUGAAAAGAAAGACCCCCGACCAGGGUAUUGAUCGUAGGCAGUAUAUUGGACACCUGGUUGAUGAAUACUACACGACCACAAACGUUGAAGCACUAGAGCAGGUCACUGCGAAUUUGACCAAUUUUGCCUACGAUCCGAUCAACUGGCCGCAUCUGCAUGAAGCAGAGGCCUUCGAUGUGUUUAUAGCAUCGUUAAAAACACAAAAUCAGAAUCUCCAAUUGCAUGGCAUUGCGGCAAUCUGCAACAUCUGCUUAGAUAAAACUGCAGGCGAAUUGAUUAGGGAAGAGUUGGGCAUCAUCAGCGGUUUGUUUGUGCGCACAGACCAUCCGGAAAUAGUGCUCCAUAGUCUGGCACUGUUCUUCCAACUUCUGAACGCCAGUGUAGUCGACAAGGAGCUGCUUCUGACCCCAUCAGUGCUCAAGGGCGUACAAGAGUGGCGGCAAAAGUGCCACGACCAACGCAUUGUUAACAGCCGUGCACCAGUAGCCAAGCUGCAGCAGGUCCAAGUGGUUAAACGCUUCACCCAGCAGGAUCUGGAGCAGUUUGCCCAGUUUACGGGUGACCACAACUACAUACACACCUUGGAGCUGCCCGUUGAGGAGCGAAGAGUGCACGGAGCUCUGCUCAACGCCGUUGUGGCGGGCAUUCUCGGAACAACACUUCCUGGGCCUGGCACUGUGGUGUUGGAACAGAGCUUCAAAUUCCUGAAACCCUGUCGCAUAGAAACCGACACUGUGGUGACGGUGCGCCUUCUACAGUCACGUAAAAUCUCCACAGCUGAAUACGAUUGCCGGCAAAACGAUGAAAUUGUCUUUGCGGGCAAUGCCAAAUUGUUGACCCGCAACCGCACAGAUUAGGUUUUGAUUUUGAUUAUUAAAAAGGUUUUUAUGUGUACCUUA